UGUCCAGGAUAUGAGAAUAUUCUGGAAUUUCAAGAGAUAUAUACAAAAUCUUUUAAAUGUGAAUACCAACUUCAGAUGUAUCCAUUUGACAGCCAGAGAUGCCAGGUUGUUCUGAGUGUGAGAGAUCUGGAACAAGGUGUUAUGACGCUAACCCCUGAAAAUAUUGAGAUGGAAGGGAGAACAGAACUAACUCAAUAUAUAGUUCUAUCCUGGAACCUGGAUUACAUUAACAAAACAAGGCCUGAUGAGGGAAUAAAUGUAGUGAUAAUACUUCAAAGAAGAAUAAUUAAUGAUAUUCUAACAACCUAUCUUCCUUCCUUCCUCCUUAUUAUCAUUGUUUACAUAACAAACUUCUUCAAACCCUUCUUCUUUGAAGCUGUUGUUACAGUCAACCUAACAGCUCUGCUUGUCCUAACUACACUGUUUAUCAGUGUCUCAGGUGCGUUUUUUAAACUAUGUCAACAUAUGUAG